UGCGCGUGUGGCACUUGUAUUUGGUGUGCAGCAACACACCCAGUGUUCUUAGUUCUAAUGUUUGUGUUGUUUUCAUAUUUAACAUGAUGAUAAACAUUUUACGAAUAUAAUAAUAAUAAUUAAAUAUGUAGACAAAGUAAUAAUAAUAUUAAAAUGUGGACCACCACUAAGACAACUAAAUACGGCGUUGCCGUUUAUAAUUGGCGAGGAGAUACUCGAUAUGGAUUACCACUGGAAAUUGGAGAUACGCUCCACAUUUUAGAAGAGUGUGCAGGAUGGUAUCGAGGCUUUUCAACCAAAAACCGAGCGGUUAAAGGAAUAUUUCCGAGUUCUUAUAUUCAUCUUAAACCAUGUAAAAUCGAAAAUGAAGGACUUUUUGAGUCAGUGAUACCAGAAGAAGAUCCUGUUGUACGCGAAGUUACUCUAGUUCUGCGAGAAUGGGGUGGAAUCUGGAAAAGACUUUAUGUGGAACGAGAAAUUUACAAGUUCAAUACUCUGAGAAAAGUAAUGAGAGAGCUGUUGGAGUGGCGGAGACAACUUCUAGGUGGUACGUUGACCACAGAUCAAACGAGAGAAUUGAAAUUGAGAAUCAUCAACAAAGUCGACUGGGGAAACCGAAAACUUGGAUUAGAUUUGGUUCCACGUCAAGGAGCGCACAUGGUCGAACCAGACUCUAUGUCAGUAGUGGAACUUUACCAUGUGCACUUACAAAGCGCUGAAAAUUCUCAAGGUGCAUCAGCACGUGGAACCCUUCGUCGGAAAGAGCAAAAAAAAGUUUUAACUCAUCAUCUUUAUUUUUGCAUGCGAGAUUUCGGACAUUCAGUGGGAGAGGACACUGAAAUAUAUUUUUCCCUGUGGGAUUCUCGCCGCAAUGAAUAUUUAAGUGAAAGAUUUCUCGUUAGAAUUUCCAAAGAGGGUUUUUCAAAUUAUGUUGAAAAACUUCACAGCAAUUGUACUAUUUUUACUGAUCUUGGUAACGCAGAUCUAAGUCGUGAUUUAUACGUAAUUGCUCAUGUUAUGCGUUGUGGUCGUAUGCUUUACUCUGAUUCUAAUAAAAAUAAAUCUGGUGGAGUUGUCUAUCGCCGACCACAUGGAGUUGGAGUUUUAUCUCUAGCUGAAGCUGCUCAGGAUCAUACUGAAGAACUUGAAAUGACAUUCAAGGUUUAUCAAGGAGAAGAAAAAGAAUUUCAUCAAUUACAUGAACAAAUAAUAAAAAAUAAUAAAUGUUCACCGUUACCGGGCCAACCAAAUUAUGGAAUAGUAGUGUCUCUUCGAGUUUUACAUGGAGAACUAUCUCAAGUUCGUGAUGAACAUCCACAUUUAUUUAAAAAUUUAUGUUUAACGCGUAAACUUGGUUUUUCUGAUGUCAUAAUGCCGGGUGAUGUGAGAAAUGAUUUGUACCUGAGACUAGAACGCGGAGAAUUUGAGCGUGGUGGUAAAUCUACUGGUAAAAAUAUUGAGGUAACAAUGUUGGUACUUGAUGCUGAAGGAAAACCACUGGAAGGCUGUCUAUUUGGGGCUGCUGGUAUGGAAGGUAGUUCAGAAUACCAAAGUUUAGUAAUAUAUCAUCACAAUAGUCCUUAUUGGGGCGAAACUGUAAGAUUAGCUGUGCCAAUUGAAAAAUUUUACGGUAGCCAUAUAAGAUUUGAAUUUCGUCAUUGUUCCACUCGUGAAAAAAGUGACAAAAAAUUAUUUGAUUUUGCAUUUGUCCGUUUAAUGGAACCAGAUGGUGGUGCUACUAUUCAAGACGGCCUACACGAGCUUUAUUUAUAUAAAUGCGAAGAAAAGAGUAAAUUAGAUUCAUUGAGUUACCUAUCAUUACCAUCAAACGCCCGAGAAUCAAAUAAUCAAAGUGUAACAGGAUUUACAAGAUCAUCAAAAGAAGCUGUAUUUAUAAAAACAUUAUUGUGUAGCACAAAGUUAACUCAAAAUGUUGAUUUAUUGAGUUUAUUACAAUGGAAAGCACAUCCAGAAAAAAUAUCAGAAGCUUUGGGACGUGUGUUACGUUUAGACGGUGAAGAGCUUGUUAAAUUUUUACAAGACAUACUUGAUGCAUUAUUUGCAAUGUUUCAUACUGAGGAUGGUAAUUCAACAGCCCACUCAGGAUUAGUAUUCCAAGUAUUGGUUUCAAUUUUUAGUCAUUUAGAGGAUUCUAAAUUUCAACAUUUCAAGCCAGUUAUAGAUGCUUAUAUAUCUGGACAUUUUGCAGCAGCGUUAGUUUAUAAAGGUUUACUGAGCAGUGUUCAACAUUGCGCUGAUUGGGUUACUGCUGCUGAAAAACAAGAGCCUAUUAUGAAAUGUUUUCGUUCACUUGAGUAUAUAUUUAAAUUUAUAAUACAAAGUAGAUUAUUAUUUGCACGUGCUACUGCUGGACAAUUUGAGGACAGUUUCAAGCGUGAUUUAUACUGUGUAUUUUCAGCAUUAAAUAAAAUGCUUCAAUUAACAUAUGAUACUGUAUUAUAUUCUCAAGUAGCAUUAUUAUUAUCAAUAUCUUCAGUAUUUGAACAAUUAGAAGUAGUAUUACCGGUACUAGAAGUGGCUAAAUUAUCAUGUACAAUGCUUGAUUCAGUACCACGUGAUCCACCACCACAAUUACUUCAAGCAAAAUUAACAGCUAUAAAAAAUUUUGUUACUUCAAUAUUAUUUCAAGAUGAUGAAAGUAGAAAUUUAUUAUUAAUAACUAUUUGCCGUCAUUUAAGAAUACAUUUAGCCAGAAGAGAAGAAUUAAGAUCUUGUACAGAUAUACUUGGUGAAAUAUUAAGUUUUUUAUAUAAACGUGGAUUUGAUAAUAAUAAGGUGAAUAAUUGUAUUCACCAUGACAUUGAAAUAAUUUGUCUGUCUAUAUUAGAUGUUUUAAUACAAACAAUAUUAAUUAUUAUAAAUGCAAGUGGUCCUGUAUUAGGAUCUCUAGUGGCCUGUUUAAUAGGGCUUAUUCAACAAUUAGACGAGUAUCACUAUGCAAGAUUAUGGGAAGAAUUAACAACUCAUAAUAAUGAUCGUAAACCGCUUAAAGAUUUUUUAUUACGUGUGUUUUUAGUAUUAAAAGAUCUUGUACGUCAAGAAAUAUUUUCACCAGAUUGGUUAGUUAUGAGAAUGCAAGCUAAUAAUGUUAUUUUAAAAUCAUUACAAGAAUUGGCACAACCAUUGGCAUUUAAAUUUCUUCAUGGUAAUUUUGAUUCUCAACUGUGGUCUACCUAUUUUAAUUUAGCUGUUAAUUAUUUAACACAACCAUCACUUCAAUUGGAAAAAUUUUCUGAAGUAAAACGGGAAAAAAUUGUUGAAAGAUACGGUGAUAUGAGAGUACUUAUGGGAUUUCAAAUAUUGUCAAUGUGGUCCCACUUGGGUGAACGUAAAUUAGAAUUUAUACCGGGUAUGGUUGGACCAUUUCUCGAAGUUACCCUUGUUCCUGAAAGUGAGCUACGUAAAGCAACUCUGCAUAUUUUUUUCGACAUGAUGGAGUGCGAGCAGCGAGCUAGAGGCAGCUUUAAGUCUGUUGAAUCUGAGCUUAUUGAUAAAUUAGAUAUUUUGAUAAGCGAAAAUAAAGGAGAUGAUGAAUACCGCCAAUUAUUCAAUACAAUGGAGCAUCUUAGCGCUGUGCUAUUAGAUCGCGUACAAUCAGAAGAUCCAACGUGGAAAGACAGUGGAACAGCAUUUAUUACUUCAGUUACGAGGCUUCUCGAACGACUUUUAGACUAUCGAAGUGUUAUACAAGGUGACGAGAACCGUGACAAACGGAUGUCAUGCACGGUCAAUUUAUUGAAUUUUUACAAGAAUGAAUUCAACCGCAAGGAAAUGUAUUUACGAUACAUUUACAAGCUUCAUGAUCUCCAUUUGGCAGCUGAAAAUUACACCGAAGCGGGAUUCACGAUGAAACUUUAUGCUGAUCAAUUAAGUUGGGACGGAACUAUACUACCUGCUGAUCAUGCACAUCCUCAACAAGCCGAGUGGCAAAGGAAGGAACUCCUCUAUUAUCAAAUAAUUCAUUAUUUUGAUCGUGGUAAGUGUUGGGAAAAAGGGAUUCCACUUUGUAAAGAGCUAGCUGGGCUUUAUGAAACCCGGUUAUAUGAUUAUGCAAAGCUCAGUCAAAUUUUGAAGAUGCAAGCUAAAUUUUUGGAUAAUAUAUUAACACAAUUAAGACCUGAACCAGAAUAUUUUCGGGUUGGAUUUUAUGGUCUUAGUUUUCCACUAUUUGUUCGGAAUAAAUUAUUUAUUUAUCGUGGUUUGGAGUAUGAGAGAAUAGGUGCCUUUACUCAAAGACUUCAAACAGAAUUUCCAAGUGCGCAAAUACUAAUGAAAAAUUCCCCACCGGAUGAGAGUAUUAUAACAGCUGAAGGUCAAUAUAUUCAAAUUUGUAAUGUCAAACCAAUACCAGAGGAAGGUAGUUUAGCAUGUACAGUUGGAGAAAUACCAGAGCGUGUUGUAGCAUUUUAUUUAGUAAAUGAUGUACGUAAAUUUACAUUUGAUCGACCGCUCCACCGAGGUCCAGUUGACCGUGAAAAUGAAUUUAAAUCACUGUGGAUAGAACGCACAACAUUAACCACAGAAGCUAAAUUACCAGGUAUAUUACGUUGGUUUGAAGUAAUUGAAAGGCGCUCUGAAUUAUUGGCCCCAGUCCAGUAUGCAUGUGAAACAAUGCAAAACGUUGAAAAUGAAUUGCGUCGUUUGGUCGCUCAAUAUACCGCCGAGCCACAUCGUAAUAUUAAUCCAUUCAGCAUGAGAUUGCAGGGAAUAAUAGAUGCUAAUGUUAUGGGAGGAAUAACAAAAUAUCAAGAGGCAUUUUUGACUGGUGAAUUUUCUCGACAAAAUCCUGAAAUGCUACCACAUGUUAAUAAAUUAAAAAAUUUAAUUCUUGAUCAAAUAAGUGUCCUCGAAUCAGGUCUUGUCCUUCAUGGACAAAUAGCACCACCAGGAGUUCAACCACUUCACAAAAGAUUGAUUGAAAGGUUCACACAGUUGAAACAAAGUCUGGGUAAUUUAACAAGACAACGUACUAUUCAUCAAGACAGUAUUAUUAAUUCACCGUUGCCACCAUUGCCGAUAAAUAACACCAAUAAUAAUGGUAGUAGUUAUAGUAAUAAUAAUAGUAAUAAUGAUAAACAACGACCAGCAACUUUAGAUACUAUAGGAUCAAGAUUAUCACAUGCUGACAGUGAUGGAUUGCCAGAAGAUGAGGGAUUUUAUACAAGAGUUGAUGGAACACCACCUCCAAUACCACAACGUGAAGUGCGGCCCCGAUCUGUUGGUUACGGAUCAACACCACCAAGACUCACUCAUCACAGGACACUCAGUAAGCCUCUAAGUCCAAAGUUACCUCUUCGACAUUCGUUGCCUACGCCGACUGAUGGGCAAGAUGGAGGGUCUAUAGCUAAUAUAAGAAUCUCUUGGAGUGAACCUGGACCCCCAUCAACAACAGAAACAAUAAUAACAACAACAGCUACUACAACCACGACAAUUAACAUAGAAUCAACCUCACCUGAACAAGCACCGCCUCUACCACCUCGUGGUUGUACUCCAGAUAAACGUGAAUCAAAUAAUGCAACUACUGUUGUUGGGAUACCCGCACCUCCAGCUCCUCCUAAAAGAUUAGCUACUCAGCGACGGAAUACUGAUUGGAGCACUGAGGAUGAUAUUAUUGAUAGUAAUUCGAAUGAUUCUUCCAAUUUAAGGGACACUAAUGAUUUGAGAGAUUCGGGUAUUUCGACAACCAGCCUUUUAGAUUUUCAACAACACUUGUCUAAUUUAAAUAAUCUUAGCUACGAAGAUUUUGAGCCUAGAUCGAGGACUAAUGAUAUUAUGAAUAUUUCACCGCCUUCUGUGAUAAAUCAAUCUCUGAAUAUUUCUACUAGCAGCUUUAUCAGUUGUAGAACAACUACAUUCCAAGGGUCCCAAACUAUAUUAGAUCAAGAGACUAGUCCACCGCCAAUUCCGCCAAAAGUAAAUCAAGAUACUCCGUCAGCACCUUCUACCUUAGAACGGACUAAUUCACGAAUUCACGGAGGAUCUGGCCAUGUUGAAAAUUACUCAGUUCCCAAAUUACAAACUCUGUCUGUCGCAACUGAUGGCGAGAGUACUGUAUAAAUAAAAAAAAAAAAAAAAUCAUUUAAUUAAUAAGAAUGAAAUCUCAUCCUAGUCUUAGCAUUAGUUAUUACUAUUAAUUAUUAUUCUAUUUAUAAUUAUAUAAUUAAUAUUUUAACAUCGUAUACUGAAAGGAAGAAUAUGUAUUUAUGUAUUUUUUAACUAUCGUGGGAUUAACUCCUUUUAAUAUGAAAAAAAAAUAUAUAUAUUAUCUGAAAUUUUUAUUUGCUGCCAGAGAUUAAGACAAUAGAUUUUACUUCAAGUUAGAUUAAUUCAAUGCUCCGCUA